AUGGACGACGACCCAGACCCCGGUGACCCCGGGGUCGGGGAGAGGGGAGGACCUGACAGUGGGAUGACAGGGACCAAUACGAGUGGAGGGGGGGAAUGUACGGCAGCACUCACUGAGACAACCCGCCUAGUGGCUGCCCAUAAACGACGAGGAGGAGCUGCGGAAGGGCCCCAAGCCAGCACCUCCCUGUCGAGGGGCAGGAGGAAACAGCGAGGGGCUCUACUUCCCGCCCCCUCUGCCCAACCUGCUCGAGGCGACCCUCACAUGGGCUCAUCACCCAGCAAUCCCCCCCCAGAUGAACCCUCGCCUUUGCAGGCACACGGUGGAGGUUUCACCGGCGCAAUCCUUCCCCACCAACAUCUGGUUGCCGCUCAGGAUGACGCAUUCCCCACUAGGAUGGAGGUAGUUGGAGUUGGUGUUGACAGAAUGACGGGUGAGGAUGAGGCUGCAGUUAUCUCUCAUACCCCCCUUCCCACCACUGCGUGCAGCCCCACCCUGCUCCCGACAGCUCAACUGAGAGGGCUGGAGGGUGAGUUAAGGCCGGUGCGACAACCACAUGCAACCCAGCCACAUGGGCCGGCGGUGCUUCACAUUUCUCUCGCUGGACCAGGUCACCCUCCCUCCCUCACAGACCUGGUGGCGUCGGAGCCCUCAUCGGGCUUGGGGGCGGCUGUAUCUGACUUGCUGGCGAUACAGAACACUGGCAUACCCCUCCCUACUCCCACCUCCCCGGCCCCAGUGGUACACGCCCACGAAGCCCCCCUCAUGGACCUCCCUCUUGCGGCCCCCAUCCUGCAGGAACCCUUCCACCCUUCUCCGAUGGAGACCGAUCUGAUCUUCAGACCGUGCGCCUCUGACGCAGAUGUAGGUGCACCAGUCCUGCCUGCCUCACCCCACCCAUCCCCAUCACCAGCCCCACCUAUCACCACGGCAGAUAGUUCCGAGGGCACAGCAACGGCCGACCCCACCGACACAGCGACGUCACCAGACGAGGUCGUGAGGAGUGAGCCGCGUCUUGGAGGCGCGGGCCUUGGAGCGAUCGACGACAUGACGGUACCUCACCACGAGGUGCGGUGCUCCCGCUUCGGCGUCGCCAUGGUCAUCGACGACACCGUGAAAUACAUGCUUCGGGACUUUGCUUCUGAGGCAGGUUUCGCGGUGAAGGUGGAGGACACCACUUUGAUUCUGCAUCUGGAGGCAGCUAGAGCGCGACUGCAGGGACUCUCGGGGACGGGGGACGGGGUACCGGGACAGUCAGGGGCACCGUGGGGACAGCAGCAGCAGCAGGGUGGGCUCGGUCGAGGGGCUGGUGGGCAGGAGGGCCGAGAGGGGCAGGAUGGGCUGGCUAGUGGGGGAGAGGAGGGGGGACAGCAGCAGCAGCGGCAGCAGCAGCAGCAGCAAUAG